ACAGAUGUAGGAUCAGGUCUCUACCCUCCUCACAGAUGUAGGAUCAGGUUUCUACACCUCUAUUACAAAUGUAGGAUCAGAUCUCUACCCUCCUCACAGAUGUAGGAUCAGGUUUCUACACCUCUAUUACAAAUGUAGGAUCAGGUCUCUACCCUCCUCACAGAUGUAGGAUCAGGUCUCUACCCUCCUCACAGAUGUAGGAUCAGGUCUCUACCCUCCUCACAGAUGUAGGAUCAGGUUUCUACACCUCUAUUACAAAUGUAGGAUCAGAUGUCUACAACAAACAUCUGACCCGUGACCAAUAUUUACGUCCAACGUCUCCCUCCUCUUUAACUCUCAUUUCCUCUGACCCCUGAACUUUGACCCUCUCUCUCUGCUCUACAGGUCAUUCACCUCAGCCUUCCUGUUCUCCAUCGAGGUCCAGGUGACCAUCGGCUUUGGCCACCGUAUGAUCACAGAACAGUGCCCCACGGCCAUCGCCGUCCUCAUCUUCCAGAACAUCGCUGGCCUCAUCAUCAACGCCAUUAUGCUGGGGUGCAUCUUCAUGAAGACAGCCCAGUCGCACCGCCGCGCCGAGACGCUCAUCUUCAGCCGCAACGCCGUCAUCGCCGUGCGCAACAACCGCCUAUGCUUCAUGACCCGUGUGGGCGACCUUCGCAAGUCCAUGAUCAUUGGCGCUGCCGUCCGCCUCCAGGUGGUACGCAAGACCACCACCCCCGAAGGCGAGGUCAUCCCUAUCCACCAGAUCGACGUGCAAACGGAGAGCGCCGCGGCGAGUAACUCCAUCUUCCUCUUGGCGCCACUCAUUAUCUGCCAUACCAUCAAUAAGGACAGUCCGCUGUACGACCUGUCGGCCAUGGAGCUGCAGUGCAGCGACCUGGAGGUGAUUGUGAUCUUGGAGGGCGUGGUGGAGACCACGGGCAUCACCACCCAGGCCCGGACCUCCUACGUCACCGAGGAGAUCCAGUGGGGUCACCGCUUCGUGCCCAUCGUGACUGAGGAGGACGGGGUGUACUCGGUGGACUACUCCAAGUUUGGGAACACGGUCAAGGUGGCGACGCCGAGGUGUUCGGCCCGCGAGCUGGACGAGAAGCCCUCCAUACUCAUCCAGACGCUGCAGAAGAGCGAGCUGAGCCACCAGAACUCACUGAGGAAGAGGAACUCAAUGAGGCGGAACAACUCCAUGAGGAACGGCGGCGGGAGCUCCGGCACCAUGCGGAGGAACAACUCGGCCCUCACCGUGCCCAAAGUGCAGUUCCUCACACCUGAGGCGGUGGGCCAGAACAUGGCCGUCACAUGACACGAGGCCUGGCUCCCAUUGGCUGUCCUGCUCUUCCUGGGUGGGACCUCCCAUGUUUAUCCUCUGGCUCAGUUAGAGCUGACUCUGGUCCUGUUCCCCACACUCUGCCACAUAUACAGUAGUCAAUGCUAUACCUGACACACACAAUGCCCUGUUAGUACUAUUGUUGUGAGGAUGGAUUUAACCGGUUUUAGUUACUGAUUAGUGUCUCAUUUUCAGUCUGGUUCUUUCCAAGUGCCUUUGCCUUUGUCUGGUUCUAAGCUGUAAUAGGCAUCCACAAGUUGUACUUUAUGAUGUAAAUGCCUUUAGACAUGUAAUAACUCUUUAUAUUGCUUUUUACUGAAUUCUGUACUCAUCACUAAAUCCAUGUGAUGAUUUAAUGUGCUCUUUAAUGUUACCGUGACCAAAGAACAUAUUAUUACAGAUGAUAAUGGCCAACUCCUUUCUAAUAGUAGAAGAAAAUGAUGUUUUGAUAUCAGCUGCAACGUAUUACACACCAACCCGGUUCCUCAUUCUUAUCAGAACCUUUAAUAAAGCAUUUACUUCAGUACUGUAUGAACAUUGUACUGUUUCUGGAAACUGUCACAGUAAAUAGAUCCCCUAUAAAACUGA